GAUUAGAGCUGUGUGUGUCGUGUUCAGAGAUGAACAGGUUCAGGAGCGUGGUGCUGCGCAGGUGCAAGAGCCUGUCGCGGGUGGGGGCGUUGCGGCCGAGCUCGGCGCCCUACAGCAACCUCCGCUCCAUGUCCACCAGGGACGCCGCCGGCGGCGAGGAGGAGCCGGCGGCCUCUGCCGGCGGCGGCGCGGUGGUGUUCGUGGGCAGCUCGCGGCGGCGGUACGUGAUCAGCGCGGAGCACCUGAGCCACCCGCUGAUCGCCGCGCUCAUCGACGAGGGGCGGCGGAAUAAGGACGACGACGACGACGAGACCGUCGUCGUCAGCUGCGAGGUGGUGCUGUUCGACCACCUGCUGUGGAUGCUGGACAACGCCGCCGACGACCUCCGCGGCGGCGACGGCGCCGCCAUGAGGGAGCUCGCACAGCUCUACGCCUGCUGAUCGAUGGGUCGGUCGUCAGCCUACCAGCAGGUCCUUUUAACCUGCAGCCACACGGUUGGUUUGCGUCGUCGUCUUCUUAAUAUUUACUACUCGAUCUGUUCUCUUGCGCCGGAGAUCACCCAAGGUUUCCUUCGGCGCCAUGGCUUGGAAGAACAACUUGGUAUAUAGAGAGAUGAGAUCAGCCAUUCCAUUGAUUUGAUGCAGUUGCCUAGCUAUGCAUCGUGUUUUCUUUGUAUCGGUCAAUCUACUGAUAUAUGCGAGAGGUAGUCAUGAGCAUCGUCAUGUUGGCUUAACUCUCUGUUUGCAUGACGAUGUAGAUGCUAGAAAUUGCAACUCUUCACGACACUGAUGAAGGUGUGUCUGUUGAUUCCUUUUUUUUCCUGCUAAUUAAAAUGUACUGAAAAUUCAUGUUU